UUUUAUUUUUGGAAUAUAGCGUACAACACUUACUUCAUCGUCACAUCUGGUAGCAUAGGUAGAAGUGCAGCCGGUUGUCGGCAGAAGCGCUAGCAGCGAUAAAACUUACCGCCGUUUUGGUAGUAAACAAACCGAGUGGAAAGAAAUUAUAUUGCCCUUGUACAAGUUGCAACAGGCAAACACACAAAAAUGGCGUUUUACAACGAAAAUCUCGGUAAUCGCAUUAUGGAGCUGUUUAGCUAUCCCAUACCGGAUCGUUGCGUGGAGUUAACACAGUUGUUUGAGCGUUGCAGUCUCCGUGAAUUGCAGGAUAUCUUUCCGGGUAUUGUACAGUCGGUGUUUGGCAUCGGCAGUGGCGGUCUUGGUUGGGGUCUACGUGCAACCACAAAAGAGAAUUCACCAAUGUGCUUUGACAUACUGCAUGAUUUUUUUUCGCCGAUGGGAUCAAUGUUGCGACUGUGCUACCGACUACUCAACGAAGCUAUUAAGUUUGAGUUCAGUUUAGAUCUGUUGCCGCACAAAGUCAGCGAGAUGAUACAGUCUGGGCAAUAUUCACUAUUCUACGCGGACCUAGUGAACAUCGAUCCUUUUCGACGACAAGUUACAUCUCUCUUGCUAAACGCCUUUGACUAUUAUAUGCUGCACUUUGUUAUACAUGCAACAUUUCCGCUCCACAAAAUGUAUCCAGCUGCAUUGCAAGUCCACAAUGAGCGCAUGAAAACUGUUUAUUUCUUUUUAACAGCCGAAUAUCUUUGCACUUUUCUGCCGGGUAAUCCAGAUGCGAUCGUUUAUCCGACAAAUAUUUGUACAUCGGUAAAGGCACCACAGCCGUUGCAGCCAGUACAGCCGCUGCAGCCGCAACGUUCGCCAAAGUAUUUGAAAAUACCAACAAACACCAGUUUGUUCCAGACCGACACACCUUCUACGUCGGCGGCAGCUGCAGCGGCGGUACAGGCCGCACGAAGCUGUGAGUCGCCGCGAACGCAUUCCUGGCGCACCGAAUCAGUGCUGCACUUCUUCGUCGAUACAUGGCUGCGUUACGACAUCGAUGAGGCGCGGGAUCUGCCGAGCAGUGAAUUUAUACGCGUAGUACGCAUACUCGUGAAGCAAGUACACACAUUUUCUAAUUCAAUGCAUAUGGAUCACACUCCUAUGGCUAUACUACGCAAGUUGGCGCAUCCUAUGAUCAAAACUCGUAUAUAUCCAUUUUUGAAAAGCAUUAUAGGGCGCUGGCCACUGGAUAGCUCACUUUCGGUGGUGCUGGAGCUAUGGCUGAGCUAUAUACAACCUUGGCGCUAUUUGUUUGAUGGGCAAAAUACCAAUUGCUAUGGUAGUGGGAAUGUUAACCCUGCGACUAGCGGUGUUUGUGGCAUGACGACCGGCAAUGAAGUGGCAGUAAGUCAACGUUUCAGCACAUUCAUAGCGGAGAAUUUGGUAAUAUAUACGCAGGUGUUUGUAUACAUAUUACCCCGUUUUGAACGGCUGGAUUUCACUUCAUUCAGAAAUGUCAUCAUGCUGCACAGAUUGGUAAAGGUUUUCGGCCAGCCUAAUCUUCCAACAAUGCUAUGCCAAGCGGAGCAAGCCUACGUUUGUCAACUCGGCAUUGACUCACCGCGGAAACAUUCAGUUUACUCCAGGCAUGGUAAAAGUGAAUGGGAUGGAAUCUUCCACGAAGAAAGUUACACACCACUAUUUGGACCAAGAGUAAAAUGUGAAAUUGAACAAGUUAUAAAAACAGUUUGCAUUUCACGUUUAUAUGUUCUACAAGAAAUCGAUAAUAUACGGCAUGACAUUGUGGAACAACGUAAGUCGCAUAGCUUUUUGCGUAAAAUGUUUGCUAGCCUUUUUGAGGACAUCUCACCGGCGGAGUUGAAAUUACAAGAGAUUGGAAAAAUACCAGAUAUACUAGAUUUAGCUGUGCGUUCAUUAUCGAUUAUGUUUGAUGUUCGACUGCCGGAAAUCACAAUGGAGCAAGUGCACGAUCGCAGCAGUCCACCAUUAAACUUUUCCGCGUAUGACAGCAGCGAUUAUUUGGAUUUUACAAAAGUUACACCAACGCAGAUGCAAAGUAAUUUAGCGAAUUUAUCAGCGACAAUCGAUCCCGCCACAUUACCUAUCCAAGAUUAUGAGGUUAAAUUUUUAGUACGAUUUUUGCAUAAGGUUUCCUUUCGCAUCAAUGAGAUGUUUGGUGACGAAAUUGAAGCGUUAUGGUGCCGUUCAGAUUUUGUGGGUAAAUUUGCGCGCCAAUUACUGUACCCGCCCAUGACUCAACAGUGGUUUGACAAAUCAAGAGGUGUCAGUGAAUUGUGUGAGGAACGUCUACCCGCCCGAAUCUGUCUACGUCCGUUGGCUUCAUACAAAGUGCUUGGGCUCAUGACAUUUUUCAUGCUUGCUGGUUAUUCCCUGUGGCACUCACCCAUCUUCGGACUGUUAAUUUUUAUACUAAUAUUUUCUAUAUAUAUAACUAUACUAGCUUUAUGUGCGUAAUUUAUAUAUUUAUAUAGAUACAUAAUUAUUAUUGUCUUUAUUCUCCUUUAUAUUUGAAAUUUCUUAACAUUUUUGUGUGUAUUUAAAAUCUAAACUGAGUGCAAAGAAUAGUAUAUAUAUAUACAUAUAUAUGUA